UGGGAAUUAUAAUAUCCAACCUGGUCACUCUGAGCAAUAAAGUAAAUAAAUUACCAAUAAUAAAUAUCUGUAUAAGAUGUUGCUAAAUAAUAAAGAACUUAUAUAUAAACAGCUGGUGGAAAAGCUGUAUGACAAAUGUCAAAGGAUACAGGCGGAAAAUGAGCGGUGUGUGAUGAGGGUAAACGGAAUCAAAAAGAUAGUCAGAAGACGCAAUCAUGAUGUGGAACUGCUAAAGAGGCGAUUGGACAAGCAUGGAGACAAUUGGCGCUCAGUGCCCAUGGUGGCACCUCAUCCCAAAGGAAAAACUGAACAGAAACGCCGGGGGCCUAAACCCAAAAACAAACAGGGGACGGAUGAACCAGGAACACCCGGAUCUGGCCCAGGAUCCAAUCCUCCAGCAGCUCGUAAGCCGCGAAAGCAAAAAGCCAAGCAGCCAUUAGGCAAUUUCCAACCAAUCAUCCCGCCUCCACAACCACAACCUCAUAUAGGAACCUGAAGCCUUACUAUAAAUUCUAUUUUAAGAGUCACAGUUAAGAUUAUUAUAUUGUUAAGGUAAAUAAAAAACAUAUACUAAAAAAAAUUACAACAGCUUAAACAAAGACUGUUGGGUUUGUCACAGAAAGGUUCAAGAUUUAUCUUCGCUUCAUACAAUAUUAAAUAGUUUUUGUUAGUUCAUGUCAAUUACGAAUUAAAUACUUACAUUUUUAAUAUUAUUUUUUUUAAACAUCUGUAAAUAAUGAGAGCGCAAUAAUUUUGUAUCAAUUGCAUACGGAAAAUACUUUGGUUUUAAAAUUACAUAUA